AUGGAAACUCGUGAUCAGCCCUCCCCAGAAAAUCCAGAGAAGGUGACUUCAGAUGUGCAAGCUGCUGAUGGUGGUGCAAGUCCAGUUAGGUCUUAUGACUGCACCUUUUGCAAGAGAGGUUUCUCCAACGCCCAAGCACUUGGCGGCCACAUGAAUAUUCACCGCAAAGACAAAGCUAAGCUCAAGCAAACUUCUUCCUCAAAAAAUCAGUUGGAUGUCUCCAAGAUUAAUCGACCCUCUUAUAAUUUUACACAGCCACAGUCGAAUGACGUUGGGGGUAAGCUAAGCUCAAGAAAACUUCUUCCUCACAAAGACCCUUGGACUCUUGGUGAAGAAAAUGAUGCCACGUCUAACACAGACAAAACCCAUGUUAGAGAAGUCCGACAACUACCUUUGUUUGCUGAAAGACCACUAAGUAGCAGCCAAGUUUAUGAUAAUACAGCAAUUGUUUAUUCAUCAUCGAGCUCAUCGGAGUCGUCGGAGUUGGACCUUGAACUUAGGCUGGGACCUGAGCCUGAGGACUCUGCAUCAGCAACGACUACCAAAAAGUUCUUCUGA